AUGAGCGUGACUUCGUGGUUCUUGGUGAGCAGCACUGGCAUUCGCCAUCGGCUCCCUCGGGAGAUGAUAUUUGUUGGCAGAGAUGACUGUGAACUGAUGCUCCAGUCCCGCAGUGUCGAUAAGCAGCACGCUGUAAUCAACUAUGACAAGGAGAAAGAUGAGCACUGGGUGAAGGAUCUCGGAAGCUUAAAUGGCACGUUCGUCAAUGACGUGAGGAUCCCUGACCAGAAGUACAUCACCCUAAAACUGAAUGAUGUCAUUCGCUUUGGCUAUGAUUCGAACAUGUAUGUCCUGGAACAAAUUCAACACAAAGUCCCAGAAGAAGCAUUAAAGCAUGAGAAGUACACCAGCCAACUUCAGAUGAAUUACAAAGGCACGGCAAUGAAGAGGGCAGAGCAGCCCAUGGAGCACAGUGUCUACACUGAGUCCCCACAAGCAAAGCUGGAGAAAGGAGAGAGAAAAGCAAUUACAGAAACCAAUACUUACCGCACCCCUCUUUAUGGGCAGCCCUCCUGGUGGGGGGAAGAUGAUGCAAAUAACAAGGAGGACAGAAGGCAAGAGGAACAUUACUCAGAAAGAUCAAAAGAGAUAACCCAACAUGAAGAGGAACUGAAUGGUAAUAUUUCUGCUUAUAGAGAUGCCCAAGAACAGUCUGUGUUUGCCUUCCGGAGAGAGCCAAGUUACUUUGAGAUUCCAACUAAAGAAUUUCAGCAGCCAUCAAAAUCUCCAGAAACACAGGUCCAUGAGAUUCCAACAAAGGAUGUUGAUGCAGUAGUAGCCCCUGUUGUACAGAGCCACGCCUCCUUUACCAUUGAAUUUGAUGAUGGUACCCCUGGUAAAAUAAAGAUAAAAGACCACGUAACUAAAUUUUCACUCAGACAGAGAAGACCAUAUAGUAAGGAACCAGCUCAUACAGAAGUGAUGUCAGCAGAGAGCAAAGUGGCUGACUGGCUUGUCCAGAACGACCCAAGCUUGAUGAGACGGCAGUCUCCAGGAGAUGAUGUGUACAGUACGAAGAGUGACCUGCCGGUUCAUGUGAGGACGCUUAAAGGCAAUAGGCACGAGGACGGGACACAGAGUGACUCUGAAGACCCCGUGGCACCCAAGGCAGAGAAGGAGACGACGACGGGCAGCGAACGUGGGACGGAGCAAACCAGGCUGCAGCGCCAGAUGAGGCGUGAUCCCCACGAGAUGCUGCACAACAAGCAGGCCUUUGUCAUCGAGUUCUUCGAGGACACACCACGGAAGAAGCGCUCACAGUCCUUCACGCACAGUGCUCACUCCUCCCAGAGCGACACUGAUCCAGGGCUGAAGACCAAGGUUGAAAAGCGCAAGAACGCGUCGCCGGCAGAGAAGCUGGGAAAUGCGGUACCACCAUCCCACCUUGGGGCCCAGGCAGGCAAACCCAAUAACAACUCCUGUGGGACCCAAAGAACUAGCUCCUUCAAGAGGGAGAAGACGGAGGAUCGGAUCAACUCUUCAUCCUCCUCUGCUUCCAGAGCAUCAGCUAAAACUUAUGGGAGCGUUGGAAGGAAGUCUAAAAUGGCUCAGGAUUUUAUGGCGGAGUACUUGCGGGAGACUGCUCAGUCUGGCAAGCCAAGCACUGAGAAACCAGCACCUCUGCCCAUGCCGGUAGCUCCACGCGUGGUUAUAUCGUCAGAACCAGAGUCUACCUCUGCUCCACCUCCGGAGGUAAAGUCAGCCCAGGGCAGGAGGAACGAUGAGGAAGACAGUGUGAGCGAGACAGGCACGUACACCAUCGAGACAGAGUCACAGGAUAAAGAGGUGGAGGAAGCGCGAAAAAUGAUAGAUCAG